UCGAAGUAUCUGGAGAAGCCAAGCCUCCCCUAUAUAAACCCCCACACGCGGGGAAAGGUGUCCUCAUUAACUGAAAGAAAGCUAGCUCGUCGUCACUUUCAAUCGAAUCGUUUCUCGCUUGGAUCGCUUCGUCGGAGAACUCAGCCAGCUUCUCUUCUCUCUCUCUCUCUCGCUCUGAAACUAUCGAAUCGGUGGAGGAGAUUCGCCAGAUCGAGAAAGUUCGUCAUCUCUUCGUAGUGUGUGAAUCAUUUUUUUUUAAAUCUUUCUCUGUGCGUUUCCGUGAUUAGAUCCUUCGUUUCCUUGGAUGUUUCUAUGGUAAUUGAUUGUUCUCAUACGAUUUUAGUUUUGAUUGAUCGGAAGAUUGCAGAAGCCUUAGACUAGACUCUUGCUUUGAAGAAUUUAGCUGAUAGUGCGAUUAGGUUAGGUUUCUGGGAGCAAGUAGAAAUCGUUAUGACCUAGUAAACCAUCCAGCUGAUUUAGUUUUGGUGCUUCGUAGACGUAAAACAGAAUACGUCUGACACUUGUUGGAUUUGAUGAAACGUGAGUCAGUCUUUGAGUUGGCAAAGGAGGUUUCUUGGAGAAUCUUUUUUGAGGUGUUCUCCUCAGGGCACAUUCAAGAUGACUCUGAGAGCUGUGUUCUAGUUAAGGAAACAUCUCCUUCUUGUUUCUCCGUUGAAGAUUUUAUCCUCUACUAUCCUCGGCAUGCCCUUCUCCAUGGAUUUUUUUCUUUCGUUAACCCAGACCUAUGCAAUCUUCGUUCUACAUAAGAUCUUCUCUGGUUUGGCCAAUAGUGCUCUUUGUUUGUCAUCUCGUCUAAGUUGGAUGAACAGAGGUUUUUGAAGAAGGCAUCUCUGCUUGCUCACUAGUUUUUUUGUAGCCUCCUUUGAGUUUCCUUUGACACCAUAUCAUGACUAAAUAGAUGUUCCCUCUAGCCUUUGGAGGUUGUGAACUUGUCAGUAGAACUUUCUUGUAAAUUCUUAGUUUCUUGUCCCCCUUUAGCUUCAAGAUAAACAGGCCAGAUUCAAAGGAGUAACCCUUCAGGCUUUUGUUCCUUUUAAGAAAUUUCUGAUUCCAUACGUUGACUGAAGUAUAUUGGUGCAGUGUGGCAGUGGGAGGUAGGUCUGUCCAUUUUGGACCCCAACCCAUCUUUUUUAACCCCUUUUUCCCAUUUCUUUUUUUAUGUCAGUCCCAAACCUUGUUUUGAUCUUAUUUGCCUUGCUUAUCCCCCAGAUUUGAAGAACUGAAGUGUGCACUCAGUGUGCUAAGCUUUUAUUACUUUAUGAAGGCUCCAUCAACCAAGAGGGCUGUUUUUAGUUUUUUUCGUUAAACAGAAGUUGUAAAUUUUCUUGUUUUUUAUGAUACUUGCCUCUUGGAGAAAAGCUAGUUGGAGCCGUUUCAUAACUGGAUUGUCUUGGUGAUGAUUGGAUUGGUCUACUACGAUGUAGAUGGAAGCAACAGUUCAUCGAGUUUUUUCAGGUGACGUAUUGUUUUGGAAAUGAUGAAUAUGCAUUCUAAAUGUUUUCUUGCUUGCAGGUUACAUAAGCUUUCGCAACAGCUAGCCAGUAUCAUUCACAGAUAGCUCGUAAUGGAGGGGGUACACUUCGACCAUUUCGUUGAGCAACCUCAGAAGACUGACCGAGAUAAGAGUGGGAUGCUCAGCCCUCAUUCACACAAUGAAAAAACUGAGUCGUUGAUUCUCGAACCAGAGGCGGCAGAGUCAUUCUCAAAAGAAAUACUUGAUAGAGGAGAAAUGGAGCAUGGAUGUCCACAUUACAGAAGAAGGUGUUGCAUUAGAGCUCCUUGCUGUAAUGAGAUCUUUGGUUGCCAUCACUGUCAUAAUGAGGCGAAGAACAGUGUAAGUGUAGAUCAGAAACAGAGCCAUGAUAUUCCUCGCCAGAAAGUUGAACAGGUUAUUUGCUUACUCUGUGGCACCGAACAAGAGGUUCGUCAAACUUGUACUAACUGCGGAGUAUGCAUGGGGAAGUACUUCUGUGAAGCCUGCAAGCUCUACGAUGAUGAUACAUCUAAAAAACAGUAUCACUGCGACGGCUGUGGAAUUUGCAGAAUCGGCGGACAUGAAAAUUUCUUUCACUGUUACAAGUGUGGCUGUUGUUAUUCAAUCCUUCUCAAGAACAGUCACCCUUGUGUUGAAGGAGCAAUGCAUCACGACUGCCCCAUUUGUUUCGAGUACCUCUUUGAAUCACGGAACGAUGUAACAGUACUGCCCUGUGGACACACCAUCCAUCAGAAGUGCUUGGAGGAAAUGAGAGAACAUUACCAAUACGCGUGCCCGCUGUGCUCAAAAUCUGUAUGCGACAUGUCAAAGGUGUGGGAGAAAUUUGACGUGGAGAUUGCUGCUACACCAAUGCCAGAACCAUACCAGAACAGAAUGGUUCAGAUUCUCUGCAACGACUGUGGGAAAAAAUCGGAGGUGCAGUACCAUGUGGUGGCUCAGAAAUGUCCGGACUGCAAAUCAUACAACACUCGCCAAACCCGAGGCUGAACUGAAGCAGGCUUUUCUCUUUUG